CAUUCCCCUUUUCUUAAUCAUCCAACACUCUAUUUCUCUCCUUUCUUACACAACAUAAGAUUAUAUAUACUACAUAUGCUUGUUAUGUCAUAGUGAAAACUAUAUAUUAUACGAAGUACAAAGUAUUAUUUUUAUUGUACAACAAUGACUACCAUGAACUUCCUAAGAAAUAUGCUUGUUUUUGUUUACGUUUAUGUACUUUUGUUACUAUCUCUUUCGGUCUCAGCUAAACCAGCAACAUUUCAGCAAGAUUUUAAGGUCACUUGGGCUGAUACUCAUGUUAGGCCUGUUGAAAGAGGAAGAGCAAUUCAACUUAAGCUUGACCAAUCCUCAGGAUGUGGAUUCGCCUCGAAGUAUAAGUAUCUAUAUGGACGUGUGAGCAUGAAAAUCAAGCUUGUUCCAGGAGAUUCAGCUGGAACUGUUACUGCAUUUUAUAUGAACUCAGACACAGACACUAUACGUGAUGAAUUGGAUUUCGAGUUCUUGGGAAACAGGACGGGCCAACCUUAUACGGUCCAAACAAAUGUUUUUGCUCAUGGAAAGGGAGACAGGGAGCAAAGAGUAAACCUUUGGUUCGAUCCUUCCGCGGCUUAUCAUACAUAUACCAUUCUUUGGAACCACAAACACACUGUAUUCUAUGUGGAUGAAGUUCCAAUAAGAGUGUACAAGAAUAAUGAAGCAAAGGGAAUCCCAUAUCCUAAGUCACAACCAAUGGGAGUGUUUUCCACUCUAUGGGAAGCCGAUGAUUGGGCGACACGAGGUGGACUGGAAAAAAUUGAUUGGAGCAAAGCCCCGUUUUAUGCUUAUUAUAGGGACUUUGAAAUUGAUGGUUGUCCUAUGCCAGGACCAAUGACUUGUGCCUCAAAUCUUCGUAACUGGUGGGAAGGUGCAGCUUAUCAAGAGCUAACCCCUAUGCAAGCACGAUUGUAUCGUUGGGUUCGCCAAAACCACAUGGUUUACGACUAUUGCCAUGACAAAUCGCGUUUCCCUGUUCCUCCCCCUGAGUGUUCGGCUGGGAUUUAUUAAUUAAUCAGAAUGCAUAUGUAAAUCGCAAAAAUAGUGAUUAUUUUCACAUUCUCAAAGGUUGGAUACUCUCCUAUAAGAGAGAUGUUUAGGUACCACAUGUUAUUAUUCCAGUUAUGUUCGUGCUAUGUAUCAAAUGUAGUACGUGGAAAUAUAUAUAUAUAUGUGAUGUCUCUAUGUUUAUCGAUUGUAUACUUAUUUAUGUGAAAGGACAUAUAAUGUAACUUCAA